AUGGUCUUCGCACGUGGCGAUGUCUCUGGCCAUGAUGAGCAAGCCAUCGACCAUAAUGACCCGGGUAGCAACAUCGAGAUCGUGUCCUGGAAUGGACCGAAAGAUCCCGAGAACCCGUACAACUGGCCGCUCCGUCAAAAAUGGACAUUGACAUUGUUAGCGGCAUUUGCCACAUUCAUUACCAUGAUGAACGGCACUAUCAUCACAGUGGCCCAUGCCGCGAUCAAUGAGGAAUUUGGCAUCUCAGACGCCGACUUCCCUCAUUCGUACUGGCCAGUGACAUCCUGGGCCGUCGGCGGCGGCUGCUUUUCCCUCCUCAUCCUGCCUCUCAUGGAAGAGUUUGGUGUGAGAUGGGUGUUCUUGUUGGCUUACGUAGCCUUCGUCUGUUUUGUGAUUCCUCAAGGGUUGGCACAAAACUUUGUCACGUUGAUCGUGACGAGGUUCUUCGCCGGUGGGUGUGUCUCUAUCCUGGCCAAUACCUCUGCCACGGUGAUUGGGAAUGUCUGGGAUACUGAGAAGGCACGGAAUAUCCCAGUCAGUCUCUAUAUCGUCACCUACCUGGUAGGAGCGAGCAUCGGACCCGUCAUCGGUGCACCCAUCUUCGAGUUCCUCUCGUGGAGGUGGAUCAGUUAUCUGCAGCUGAUCUGGCUCGGUGCUCUCUUCCCAGUAUAUUUCUUCCUCUUCAAAGAGUGUCGAGGUAUCGCCAUUCUGGGUCAACGGGCAAAGGCAUUGCGAAAGGAGGGGAAGAUGGCAUAUACCCAGCACGAGAUCGAUAGCGAGGGGACGUCGAUGAUGAUGAUCGUGGCUCGCAGCGCAACACGACCUCUCGUCCUAUUCUUCACCGAGUCAGUCGUCUUCGUUUCUUUCAUGUGGUCUGCCUUCACGGUAGGAACACUAUACCUAUUCACACAAUCCGUCGAACAAGUCUUUGUCGGGCUGUAUGAUUGGACCCCUUCUCAAGCCGGAUACAUCCAAGCCGCAAUCGUCGUCGGCGAAAUCCUAGGCUGGGUAGGAACUCUAUUCUCAGGCAAAAUUUAUUUCGACUCUGCAGCGCGCAACACCGAGGUGCCUGGUACUCCCAUUCCCGAAGCAAGACUCUACCUCGCCAUCGUGGGUGGCGUGCUCGGUAUAUCCGGCGGCAUGUUCACAUAUGCGUGGACCUCAUAUGCCAACUUCCCAUGGAUUGCACCGGCGGUUGGUCUCGCCAUGGUGGGGGCUGGGAGUGUGAUCGUCGUGACUGGAAUCUCCGACUACGUCGUCGAUGCCUACGCCAAGUACGCCGCGAGCGCAGUCGGAAUCAUUGUCACUGGCGAGAACACCUUCUCAGCGUUUUUGCCCCUGGCAGCUAUGAGCAUGUACAACACGCUCGGAUUUCAGUGGGCGAGUACGUUACUUGCGUUUAUCUCGCUAGCGUUAUCAUUCGCGCCCAUUCUGUUUGUCGUUUAUGGAAAGCAGAUCCGAGAACGGAGUCCGUUCAUGAAAGAAGCAAUGCUUGAGAAGAGGAGGAAAAGCUUUGACUCCUCCGUUUAG